AUGAAGCUGCAAUUCAUUCUUUCUCUAUUUACCAUUGCCCCACGGCUCUCUUUACAGUUACUGUCGGGUGAUGUAUCCGUUCCAGAGAGCCAGGCCAUCUCCUCGGUUACGUUCGCCGACAGGCCUCUUGAACUCUUAGCGCGGCAGCAGCCACAGACGGCGCCAGGAAAGAAGAAGGAUUCGUGCAAGGCCUGCCCGAGGCGAAAAUGCAGCAGCAUCGCAUACUUCCGCAACGCCGCCACUUGCAGAUGCGAGAAGUGCCCGAACGGCCAGAAGGCCAAACAGAGGGGUGACGGGUGCGAGAAGACGCAAGACGAUAAGAAAAAGAACAAAAAUGACAAGUCUGUAAACAGAAGCCCUCGCAUCACAGGCGCCUUGCUGACUUCAUAUGACAGAAUCAAGGACACUAUCGAACGCAAGAAGAAGGAGUACCAACAGAAGAAGCGACAGAAAACCAAGAAGGAAAUGGUCGACAAGGUCAAGGAUAAGAAGAGGACCGAGUACAAGCGCAACAAGAAGCGGACCCGCAUGGGCAAGUGUCUGCUGCUCGUUCCGCUGUCCAUCUAUGGCGAGUUCGACGGCAUCGCCCCCCUAUCUUCAUACGCAGAGGACUUCUUCUCCGAAGACUUUGUGACCGGCGACGCGAUUGACGAGUUCUGGCCGGGCGACUUUGGGGACGCCCCUGACGUGGAUAUUGACUCGGACGAGUAUACAGCGUCAUAUGUAGAGAUCGCGGCCGCGAUUGAAGAUGAUAAAGACACGAGAUGGAAGGAUCCGAUUGUGCCCAUCGGCUUGAAGCGCGAGGAGCCAUCGAGAGUUUCUGUGCCUAAGGAACUAGUAGGAGAGUUAAGACGUACGGAGGCCUCAGAUGAGACCACUGCGGAUAUUCAAGCCACCUAUCACCAGCUCAACAAGCGUAACCCUGUCGCGGCCGUUCUGAGGGCCAUUUUGGCCUUCGUCGGGCGUUUUGCAUCUGCUACCAGGACUGUGGUCGGGAGAUUCGCGACAAUCGGUCAGCGGACGAGUGCUCGUCUCAAGGACUUGGCCGCAAGGGGCGGUGCCCGUCUUGCGAAAAGUGGCGGCAAGAAGACGCUCGAUGAGAUGAAGAACGCGGCUCGCACGAUUUACAAGAACAAAAACUGGAAGAAUUGUCUGAAUGGAGUCAAGCCGUCGAGAACGGCGGCAUGA